UUUUCUGGACGCAGCACAGAGCAAUCUGGUGGUCUGGUCUCCUAUAAAACCAUUUUUCCCGUUGCUCUGCAUCUGCAGGGCUCUGCACCACCAACAUAGCCAAAGUAGCUCACUUCGCCACUGACUCACUGACUCACUCAUCACUGGUACUGCUACUGCACACAGCUACACAGAGAGCGCGCGCGCGCACACACACACACACCAUGGCGCCUCUGCUCUUCAAGGACAUGAGGAGCCUGUCGUGCUCGUCUCCGGCGUCCACCGCCAUCUGCCCGAGCCUCGAGCGGCAGCCGAUGGUCCGGCCGCACAAGGCCGCCGCCAGCCCGCUCUGCCAGGCCCCUGCCGAGCCCAGAACCCACAGGCAAGACGGCAAGAAAGGGCAGCAGCACAGGACUAUCACUGUUGCUGCUGCUGCUGCUGCUGCCAAUGGCGAGCUCGCUAGCCCGGCUGGGUCUACCAGGUACCUGCUGAGCGGCCGUUCCCCCGGCGCCGGAGCCGAGGAGAUCCAGGAGGUGGAGUCGGCGGCGGCUGCUGCUACUGCCCCCGGUGGUGAUGCCAGGAAGGAGGAGCCUGUUGCUGCCGCUGCUGCUGGGAAGAACGCGAACACGCAGGAGCAGGUGGUCGUGCUGAAGGUGUCCCUGCACUGCAAGGCGUGCGCGGGCAAAGUGAAGAAGCACCUCUCCAAGAUGGAAGGUGUGAGGACGUUCAGCAUCGACUUCGCGGCGAAGAAGGUGACGGUGGUGGGCGACGUGACCCCGCUGGGCGUGCUCAGCAGCGUCUCCAAGGUCAAGAACGCCCAGAUCUGGGCGCCGCCGCAGCCCGCCAUUGCCGCCUGAUUAAAGCCCAUGGAUCAAGAACCGACUCGACCAGAGCUUAAUUUCUUACUGGUAGCUGUAGCUGCCGCACGCACGUACGUAUACGUGGGGUGACUGGCCGGAACGAGCAGCCAGCCAGCCAGCCACUGACGGACGGACGGCGUGCACAUGCGGUGCCGUCCUCAUCUCAACGGGCAGAAGCAGCUGCAGGCUUUGUGAAUCUUGUGUUCCGUGCGUGUGUGUGUGUGUGGAUCGUCUCGUCGUCUUUUGCUUUGUUUGGUUGUGGUUUCUGGUUGGCGACUUGUCGUUUCUGUUCUGGUGUACGUGUGACCGAGAUUGUGUGAUCGACUGUGUUCUUUUUUAUGUUUUUAUACCGUAAGAUACGUACUGUAAGCAUCCCGUCGAAGCUGGAUCGUCUGA